AUGGCUCGAUCACCCUCAGAUGACUCUGAUUCUGACGACCAGCCACUAUCUCAGAGGCGUCGGCGCCGAGCUCCUCGUGUGAUACCAGACUCGAGCCCCUCGUCUCUUCCUUCUCCUCCACAUGCAACUGAUUUUACCCCAUCCCAUCAGGUGACUCCACCUCCAAUCCCGAGCCAUGUAGAUGGCCCUCCUAUUUUGUCCAGUAAUCAGGCCGAGCCCCCAUUGGCUCAACCGUUCAGCGCGCAACAUGCUCAGGGUGAUGAAGUUGGCCCUUCAACACGCCCUUCGGUUACCCCCCCCCCCCCUGCAGAGCCCUCUCAGGGACCGUCUUCGGCUCCCUCUGGUGCAACCGCCGAGCCUUCUGCUACUCCCGGCUCAGCUGCGGGUCCCUCAGGACCCCCUCCACUUACCACCGAGCCUUCAGCUACUCCCAGCUCAGCUGCUGGUCCCUCAGGACCCCCUCCGCUUACUUAUCAGGACUACUGCACUACUUUUCCUUCUGAAGCACAGUUAUGGUCUCAGACAGAUGUUCCCACCAACUCUCUGAAAAUGAAAGAUACUUCUGGCAUAUUUCAGGCCAGCCAUGCUCUGCGAGCAGAGAUAAAAUCUUUGACCACCAGGAAAAAUAGUCUAGAAGUGUCCCUAGCCCUAACUGAGCACGAACUUGAAGAGCUUCAGGAGAAGCAGAGUCAGGCUGAUAAUGUACACCAACAAAGUAUGAAUCAGCAGGCUUUAGAGCAUCAAAGAGUCAUGGACCAGCUGGUUCAAAAACUGCGUGCGGCUGAAACUCUGAUGCACGACCAAGACCAAAAAUUAAAAUCGCAAGAGGUCCUUUUGAAAUCUCGAGAGACCCAACUGACUUCCCAAGCAACAAAAUUGACCACUGCCAGAAAUGAACUAGCUCAGGCUAUGGCCACCACAGAGGGUGUGUCAACAGCUCUAGCCCUUUACAGAGAAGGGGAAAGCGAUCGCUGCCUGCGACACCGAGCCGAGUAUUUGCGUUCUCCCGAAUUUUGUGCACAGGUGGGACAUCGCUUUUCCACAUCUGCUAUCUACGGGACGGGUGGGGCUCUGCGACAACUUCAUGAGCAGGACUAUUUAAGGUCCAUUCCACCUCCUGAAUUCUUAGACCACGAUCGGAUCAUCAAAGAGAUUCCAGAUGAAAUAUUUGCCCCUUUCGACUGA